AUGUGUUCCUUUAAAAUUUUAAUUGCUCUUGUUGUGAUUUCUGCUGCCGUUAUGGCUGCUCCAAAUGGAAAUGGAUAUCAACAACAAGGAGGUAUGCAAAGAGAUCAAGGAGGAUAUGGAGAUCAAAAUGGAGGAUUCGGAGGAAAUCAAGUUAGUAUGAGAGGAGGACAAGGUGGUAGUCAGGGAGGAUUUGGUGGAAAUCAGGGAGGAUUUGGUGGACAAGGAGGUCAUGGAGGUCACGGAGGACAAGGACUUCCAAUGCCUCCAUUCCUCCAGAAUGUCACUGAACAAGCUCGUAGAGAAUUCAUGGCAAUCGUCACCAAUUCUACUCUUACUAUCGCUGAAAUCGAAGAACAAUCUUCCACGUGGGCACAGACAAACGGUGUUUCUGAGCAAUACGAAGCAUUCUCUGCCAACGUGACUGCUAAACUCGAAGAAAUGAAGCAAAAUGUGACCAGUGUCCUCACAAAUCUUUCUUCAGUCCUCAACUCAUUGGAGACUAUUCUUGAGAACGAGGAUCAAACUCUUGCUGCUCAAAGACAAGCAAUUGAAGAGCUCAGACAAGAAUCUCCAUCUGAAGUCGAUGCUCUGUUCUUCAUUGCUCAAGAAGUUGCAAGACCUCAAGUACCAGGAGGACGAAAUGGAACUCGUGGGGGAAAUAACGGAGGAUUCACCGGAAGAUCAACUUUCUCUACUUCUUCUACCACUACUCCUUCCGGAUAA